AUGGAUGCUGCUGCUGCAAUUUGGCUGAAUCAUGGAGCUGAUAUAAGCAAUACAAGAUCUGCGAACGGAGAGGUGCUAAUCAAUCGAUUGACGGUUAAAAAGUUGCGGUUAAAAUGGACGUUCUUUGCUGGUAAAGACAUAUCUGCAACUCCAGCAGUAGCCAACGGGGUAGUAUAUUUCCCAUCUUGGAAUGGGUAUUUGUAUGCAAUUAAUGCAUUCAAUGGUGCUUUAAUAUGGAAGCAGAACCUGGGUCAGCUAACUGGACUAAAUGGCACUGGAAUCGUUGUGAAUGUAACCGUGUCGAGAUCAACUCCAACAAUUGCGAAUGAUCUCUUGCUGAUUGGAAUUUAUGGGCCUGCUGUUGUGAUUGCUGUCACUCGGUUGAAUGGGAGACUUGUGUGGUCUACUCAACUAGAUCCACGCCCUCGAGUACAGAUUACGCAAUCCGGAACAUUUUACAAGGGAGCAUUCUAUGUUGGAGUUUCGUCACUUGAAGAAGCUUUACCAGCUGAUCAGUGCUGCACUUUCCGAGGUAGCUUGGCCAAGCUAGAUGUUCGGACAGGUGCCAUCAUUUGGCGAACCUAUACACUACCUGAUAACAAAGGCAAAUUGGGAGGCUACUCAGGAGCUGCAAUUUGGGGGAGCAGCCCUGCCAUCGAUGUAACCAGGAGGCUAGUUUAUGUGGCAACUGGGAACCUCUACACGGCUCCUCCUGAGGUGACCGAGUGCCAAGAAGCACAAAACAAUCAGACAACAAAACCAACCCAGCCAGAUCAAUGCAUCGGGCCAGAUAUCAACUUCAACUCAAUUUUGGCUAUCGAUAUUGAUAGUGGGACGAUUAAAUGGUCCAGGCAACUAGGAGGCUAUGAUGUUUUUUAUUUUGCGUGUUUGGUUCCUAACAACCCUGAUUGCCCACCAGGACCUAACGUGGAUGCAGACUUCGGAGAGGCUCCUAUUCUGCUUACCGUAAUUUCAAACCGAGCACGUCAUGACAUUGUGGUGGCUGUACAAAAAAGUGGCUUUGCCUGGGCUCUGGAUCGGGACAGCGGAUCCAUAGUCUGGUUCAAACUAGCAGGACCGGGUGGUGCAGAAGGAGGCGGGCAAUGGGGGGCGGCUACGGACGGUAGGACGGUGUAUACAAACAUUGCCAACAGCAACAGAGAGAGGUUCACAAUUGCUCCAUCCAAUGAAACAACAACAGCAGGAGCUUGGGUAGCAUUGGAUGCAAAAUCAGGCCAAAUAUUAUGGUCCACAGCUAACCCCAGCAACGACACUGCUCAAGGGCCUGUAACAAUAGUUAAUGAUGUACUCUUUGCCGGAUCGGUGGCUUCUAACGGGCCGAUAUAUGCAAUGGAUGCCAAAACUGGCAAUAUCCUCUGGUCUUACAAUACUGGAGCAACUGUAUAUGGAGGUAUAUCAGCUAGUUAUGGGUGCAUUUAUCUAGGCAAUGGCUAUACAGUUGGGCUGGCAAGGUUCCAUCCUACUUGGACUGGGGGAACUUCCCUCUAUGCUUUCUGCAUUGCCUAA